CAGGCCCGGGGCUGGGUCUAAACCCGGCGCCAUCGCGCUGGAGCCGGGCCGGGGGCUGAGGCGCGGCAUGGGGGGCGCCCUGAGGAAGGGGCAGGCGGUGCGGCAGGCGCCUGAGGGCUGCCCGCAGGGGAGGCGCCCGGCAGAGAGUGCACAGAAGCUGCAAGAAGUGCAGUGCGAAGUAACCACAGAGACUUCACAGACAGGUGUUUCUGUGCAAGAGAAGCAAAUAGGAGGUCAUGAGAAAACUUUAAAGGCACAUAAAGAAGACAAUCCUCAGAGUCUGCUGGAAAUGAACGGGCAUACAGCGGCGCCCCAUUCCUACGACUAUGACCUCAUUGUCAUCGGUGGGGGCUCAGGUGGUCUGGCCGCUGCCAAGGAGGCUGCCAAAUAUGGAAAGAAAGUGAUGGUGCUGGAUUUUGUCACGCCUACGCCUCUGGGAAAUUCAUGGGGUCUUGGAGGAACUUGUGUAAAUGUGGGCUGUAUACCUAAAAAAUUGAUGCACCAGGCAGCUUUACUGGGACAAGCCUUGCAAGAUUCACGCAAAUUUGGAUGGCAGUUUACUGAAGAAGUCAAACACAACUGGAUGACGAUGACAGAAUCGGUUCAGAAUUACAUUGGCUCACUGAACUGGGGUUAUCGAGUAGCACUGAGAGAGAAGAAAGUCACAUACGAGAAUGCAUAUGGAGAAUUUGUUCAGCCACACACAGUCAAGGCAACAAAUAAAAGAGGAGUUGAAAAACUGUACACAGCUGAGAGGUUUCUCAUUGCUACUGGUGAAAGGCCACGCUACCUGGGUAUCCCUGGAGACAAGGAAUACUGCAUCAGCAGUGAUGAUCUUUUCUCCCUGCCUUACUGUCCAGGGAAAACCCUGGUGGUUGGAGCUUCCUAUGUGGCCUUGGAAUGUGCAGGAUUUCUUGCAGGCCUUGGGUUAGAUGUCACGGUAAUGGUGAGAUCCAUUCUUCUAAGAGGAUUUGACCAGGAUAUGGCAAACAAAAUUGGUGAAUACAUGGAAGAACAUGGAAUCAAAUUCAUCAGAGAGUUUGUGCCGAUCAAGGUUGAGCAGAUUGAGGAAGGAACUCCUGGAAGACUGAAAGUUACAGCCAAGUCCACAAAGGGGAAUGAAGUAAUUGAAGGGGAAUACAAUACUGUGCUGCUAGCAAUUGGAAGAGAUGCAUGUACAAGAAAAAUUGGUUUGGACAAAGUUGGAGUGAAAAUCAAUGAAAAAACAGGAAAAAUACCUGUCAAUGAUGUGGAGCAAACAAAUGUGCCAUACAUCUACGCUAUUGGAGAUAUACUGCAGGACAGGCUGGAACUCACACCAGUGGCAAUCCAGGCAGGAAGACUGUUAGUUCAGAGGCUUUAUGGUGGGGCAACCACUAAGUGUGACUACGUGAAUGUUCCAACCACGGUGUUCACUCCUUUAGAAUAUGGAGCCUGUGGGUAUUCCGAAGAGAAUGCAAUAGCGAAAUUUGGGGAGGAAAACAUUGAGGUGUAUCAUAGUCAUUUCUGGCCACUGGAAUGGACUGUGCCAUCCAGAGACAACAACAAAUGCUAUGCGAAGAUAAUUUGCAAUAUUCGAGAUAAUGAGAGAGUCAUUGGUUUCCAUGUCCUCGGCCCAAAUGCUGGAGAAGUCACCCAAGGCUUUGCAGCUGCUAUUAAAUGUGGAUUGACCAAAGAACAGCUAGACAGCACCAUAGGAAUCCAUCCAGUCUGUGCAGAGGUAUUCACCACUCUGUCCGUGACUAAGCGUUCUGGUGAAAAUACUCUCAUGGCUGGUUGCUGAGGUUAAAGACCCCCAUUCUUGUUAUUGCCAGAGACUGACUUUCAUCACUGUGGCUGACUUGUGCACUUCAGAAGAGAGGUUUUGAGAGAAGUCAUCCUCAGAAGUCUGCAGAAGUGUGUACAUCUUAACCAGAGCGCUCCAUUCGUCUGAGGAAAAGAGCUCUGCGGGAGUUGGUCACUAGUGGUGAUGGGCUGGCAAUCAGCAAAGCAAUGGGCAUAUUGAACUCUCCAGCUGUUGUUUGGCAGGGCAUUUAACAAAUGCUUUCAUGAAGUCAUAGCCUAAAACCUGCAUUGUCUGGUGGGCAGUGAUGGAAGAACUGCUGGCACAGCUGAGCAACAACUUUUUUCUUUUUUUCUUCUUUAGUUUGCUACCUGAACAAAGAGCAUCCUAACUCCAAAAUGUCACCACAAGUUCAGAUAACUGUGUAGUGCCCCUGUGUACCGGGUUUUAACACUGCAAGUACAAGUCCUCCUCGUGAACAUGCAUUUUCCCUGAUCAGAGCUGUGUACCAACAGAGGGGAAAUUAUCUGCAUGUUUGAUCACGAGGAAGAAGCUAUCACUGAAAGAAGUGUCGUACCAUCUAGAAUAACAUCUCUUUGCUUUCAGAACAACUUUUCUCUUGACUUUUUAGAGAUGCUUAUUUAUAAAAAUGUUCUGGGUGAGAAAGAGAAUAGUUUUUAUCAAAGCCUUGUCAUACAUAAACUUUUUUAUUUUCAUAGUAACAAAGUUGUAUAUAACAGAUCUUCUGAGCUGUAUCUUGCAGCUUCUGUGAUAAUAGUUAGUCCACUUUAGAAUUGACAGAAUCCCGAUUUGAAUGGAUUAUACUUUGAAGUGUGUUAUAUAACAACUGUAUCAAAUCUGAAUAAAUUCUUCCUUUUCAGGUGAGCAGUUGUAUACUGCACGGUUUCAGGUGUGGACUGGCCACUUUAAACACAGUUGUAUAGAGGCUUUCCUUCAAACUGGGGAAAACCACCCCCACUCAAUCUCUGAAAACCUAUAGUGAAAAUCCUGUGUAGACAAGGCCUAAGAGCUAGAUUUAGUUCCAUGUAUGUUUUGUUUUGUAUUCAAUUAAGAAGACAAUACUUCUGAAAUGGAGGUUUCCAUGAAAAGUACAAGCAAGCUCACUCUCUUGCUGGAUAAACUCCAUCCGUAUUUACCAGGAAGUGGUAAAAUGCCUCUUUGUAACGGAAAUGAUUGUGCUUUUUGAUCUGGUUUUUCAUUUCCCUCUCUUUUAGCAGGAAGGUUCAGAUUACUUUAAUUAAAUGGUUCUUGGGAGUUCAUUGCGGUGUGAAAAUGGGGUAAAUUCUUCCUCCCUGUGGGCAGAACACCUUGUGCCUAAACUUCUACCCAGCAACAAAUCCAUGGUUUUCUACUGAGAUUCCUGGAAUGGUGCUUUAAGUUAUUUUUAUAAAGUAAUAUGUAAUGGAAGGAUUUUUUUUUUUUAAGUUUUA